AAACGUCAAAGAAGAAGAUUUUUUUGCUUGUCAUUUCGGUGUUUCGCUCAAUUUGUUAUCCGCAACAAAUAAUAUUUGUUGCAAUUGUCGCAAGCACAUAAAAAAGAACAGUCGAGCAUAGUACGCUGUGCGUAGCAAUUAUUCAACACUUUUCAAAUAAAGCCACAAAUUCAAAAUGCCGUCGCUGGAGGUAAGCGUAAACAAAGUGAUUGUUCACCCGCUAGUUUUGUUAUCGGUUGUGGAUCACUUCAAUCGCAUGGGCAAAAUUGGUAAUCAAAAGCGCGUCGUUGGCGUUUUGCUUGGCUGCUGGCGCUCCAAGGGCGUAUUAGAUGUGUCCAACAGUUUUGCGGUUCCAUUUGAUGAGGAUGACAAGGACAAAUCAGUGUGGUUUUUGGAUCACGAUUACCUGGAAAACAUGUAUGGCAUGUUCAAAAAGGUGAACGCACGCGAGCGUGUUGUGGGCUGGUAUCACACUGGACCGAAACUGCAUCAAAACGAUAUAGCCAUCAACGAGCUGAUUCGCCGCUAUUGUCCAAACUCGGUGCUGGUCAUCAUUGAUGCCAAGCCAAAGGAUCUGGGUCUACCUACUGAGGCCUAUAUAUCCGUCGAGGAGGUGCACGAUGAUGGCUCACCCACAAGCAAAACAUUCGAGCAUGUGCCCAGCGAAAUUGGUGCCGAAGAAGCCGAGGAAGUGGGCGUGGAGCAUUUGUUGCGCGACAUCAAGGACACAACGGUGGGCAGUCUGUCGCAGAAAAUCACCAACCAACUGAUGGGACUGAAAGGACUUAAUGCACAACUGCGCGACAUUAAACAGUAUCUGGCACGCGUGGGUGACGGAAAGAUGCCCAUUAACCAUCAGAUUGUCUACCAGCUGCAGGAUAUUUUCAAUCUGCUGCCGGACAUUACCAGCGAUCAGUUCACCGGCACCAUGUAUGUCAAGACCAACGAUCAGAUGCUGGUCGUUUAUCUGGCGUCCAUGGUUCGCUCAAUCAUAGCGCUCCACAAUUUAAUAAACAACAAACUGGCGAAUCGUGAUGCUGAAGAGGGUAAGAAGACCAUCGACGAUAAGGAUGUAAAGGAUAAGAAUAAGGAUAGCAAGGAUAAGGAGAACAAGGACACUAAGGAUGCCAGCAAGGAUAAAAAGGCAGAUGAGAAGUCCGACAAGAGCAAGGACGAUGGCGGUAAGAGUGCCAAAAAAUAGGAGCGAAAGAAAAAACGGAAAUCACGUCGCAAACGAAAGAAACCGCCGCCAGAGCCAUAACAGCAGCAACAACAACAACAGUAACAUAAGCGACAACAAUAAUAUAAACAACUUUUGGCCAGCCUAAGCGGAUCAUGUUAAACAUAACAACAAAAUGAUAGCAUACAGAUUUCUCUUCAUAACACAUACAUGAAUAUCGUACAUAGUUAUUUAUAUAUGGAUAAACGCAGCGAAAUCCUCCUUUCAAUAUUUUGUGUCGCUAACAAUUAUCAGCAAGUUGAUGUAAUUAAAAUUUAAUUAAUUUAAAACUAAAA